AUUUUUCAGACGAAUUUGCACGUAUUGGUCUAGAUGAGAAUCAAGAUGGAAGGCCUAGGAACUUUUCCUUUGUUCGGUAUGUCCGGUUCCUGGUCCAAUAUCCUAGGGCCAGUCCAGUUUUGUUUUCUACUCAAAAGACUCGCCUCCUGACCUAACCCAACUGGGAUCACGAGGAUAAGGUGUUUCUGUAACUGGAGUCACUCUUCUGAGGAAGAACAAGCAAGCUCUCUCACACACACAUAGCCAUACCGAUGGAAGAGCACACGCUGGAGAUGUUUGAAGUUGGGCCAUGCGAGACUCCUCGUCAAUUGGGCUUCUUGAUUGGCCGGAGGUUCUCAGGUUUGAUACAGAGCAGGUUGUCUAGAGACCUGAUCCAUCAAAACCAGCUCCUGCCAUGGGCACGAGCUCCAGAAUCACGGCCUCUCCUCGAAGCUCUCUGCGAAAAUAACCGGAGCAAGUUCCCUCGCUACUGGGAGGAGCUCGUUGGGACGGCCGAAGGGGGUGGCGUGCCGGUUCUCGACGUAGUCCUCAUAGUGUUGAUAAACUUCAGGAAGGAAAUCCUACCCUUCAUCCCCGAGAAGGAAUCAAAAUCACACCCGCCCGAGAAAGCUAUCGAGUGUUCCGACGUAUUGGUCGUCGGCAAGUCGAUGGCCGUCGCCGCGCACAACGAGGAUGCCAAUGUCGCUCUAGUUGGCCACACCUACAUAAUCAAGGGUACUCUGUCGAGUGGAUUGUGCUUCAUUUCCUACACGUACGCAGGAGAGCUCCCGAGCUGCGCAUUCGGAUUCAACAACAACGGAAUGGGAUUUACGCUGAAUGCAGUACCUCCCUCUAAAGAAGAGAUUGUAGCAGGUGGGAUUGGAAGGAACUUCAUCUCAAGAGAUCUCCUAGAGGCAACGAGCAUGACCGAUGCGGCCGGUAAAAUCCGCUCUGCAGAAGCAUCUGUAGGGCACAGUUACAAUCUGAUCGAUCUGAAGGCACGAAGAAUCCACAACAUAGAGACCGCAUCGAAGACCCGGCUUUCGGUUACUGAAGUGGAUGAAGCACCGUUCUUCCAUGCAAACAUGUAUCUGCAUCUUCAAGUUAAGCAGGUAGAAGAUGAGAACUCGAGAAGCAGGCAAAAGAGAGCGGCUGUGUUACCAAAGAAUUCUAAACAGGACUUCCUCUCACUCCUUGGAGAUACAGAUGAUGCCAAAUAUCCCAUCUAUAUGUCAGGUCCAACGCUGUACACGCUAUGCACGGCUCUGGUCGAUCUGGAUGAGCAGACACUGAGCAUCAUGAAAGGGAAUCCGAAGAAAGGAGCAGUUUCUCACAUCUUCUCUCUGUCAUCACCAGAUCUCAAGGAGCUGUGCUAAAACCUCCAUGCAGCCCAUUUUGCUUUGAUGAAGUGAGAAAGACUACAGCAGUUUCCAAGGCUCUCUCAUCCAGGAGUCCAGGCUUCUGUACACCUAUUGAGUGGCCCUCUUCUGUCAUUUUUCACCAAAACUCGACUUCGGUCUUUUUUUCCCGCUAAGCGGCCACACACUACACUGAAGGUCCGGUGCGAGAUGAAAAAGUUUUAACUCCUCAUAGCAGGCCGAUCACUAGAUUCAUGCCUCGUAACAAUUAGGAGCAGCAUGUUCUGUCAACAAGAGUAAGGUAAGUCCAUGGCUUCAUGGAAUUAUGGCAUCCGAGAAACACCCACCACUUAAUAAUUACAAUAUGCAAGAUUCUGUUGAUGCCA